AACGGUGAUCCAUCCUAGUCUAGAUCCAGUAGUUGAACGAGAUUCACCUGAGCGAAGCUGCUUCCUUCCGUUUCCUAUUGAGUCAAGAGGCAGAAGGAAGCAUUUAGCGAAAAACUUUGCUUUGAAACAUGUCCAAUCAUACAGAUAUUCAAGCAUUUGCCUACCGUGCAGGGGAGCAAAUUACGUGGGGCUACCCUCCAGGAGUUUCUAUUGUCGAUCUGGUCCCAGAAGAUAUGAAGUCAACAAUUCAUCCUCACUGGAACAAAUUUCCACCAGUCAAUCCGAUGUGGCACUACAUCCUGGGACUUGCCUACAUUAUUUUGGGCACCAUCUCCAUUUUUGGCAACGGACUUGUCCUCCAUCUUUUUUCUAAGACCAAAGAUUUGAAAACUCCGGCCAAUAUGUUUGUCGUCAACUUGGCAUUCUCCGAUAUGUGCAUGAUGAUCACACAAUUCCCAAUGUUUGUCUACAACAGCUUUAACGGAGGUGUCUGGUUAUUCGGUCCUUUCCUUUGCGAGUUGUACUCUUGCACAGCAUCUGUUUUUGGAUUGGGCAGUAUUACAACCAUGGCUGCAAUUAGUUACGAUCGUUACAACGUCAUCGUCAACGGAAUGAAUGGGCCGCGCAUGACUUACAAAAAAGCUGCAGGCCUUAUCACUUUUUGCUGGUGUUACGCAAUUUUGUGGAGUAUUUUCCCUUUCCUUGGAUGGGGUGCUUACAUACCUGAAGGCAUCUUGGAUUCAUGUGGGUUUGAUUACCUGACACGCGAGACUAGGAUUGUAUCCUACACUUGUUGUGUCUUCGUCUCCAACUAUUGCACGCCACUCCUUAUCAUCAGUUACUGCUACUAUCACAUUGUUCAAGCUAUUUUUCAUCAUGAAAAGGCGUUGCGUGAGCAGGCAAAGAAAAUGAACGUAACAUCGCUUCGUUCCAACGUCGACCAGAAUGCUCAGAGUGCUGAGAUCCGUGUCGCCAAAGUCGCUCUAGCAAACAUCGCACUUUGGGUUGGAAUGUGGACACCGUAUGCAGCAAUUGUUUUGCAAGGAGCUGUCGGAAAUCAGGCAAAAAUCACACCGUUGGUCACCAUUUUGCCAGCCUUGAUUUGCAAAUGUGCCUCGAUCGCCAACCCUAUUGUCUACGCUAUUUCGCAUCCAAAAUAUCGACUGGCUUUGCAAAAAGAACUACCAUGGUUUUGUAUCAACGAGAAAGCGCCAACUGGAACCGAUACUCAGUCAACCGGAUCGGCUGUUACAUCUGCAUCCAGUGCCUCGGCAACGUAAGCGGAUGAUCUUCUGUAAGCUCCAGUGGAAUUUUUUGCUUUUGACUUGAUGUGCCUCUGAUAAAGCAAACGAAUGAAAUUUUAAAUUAUGUACUCUUAGGUUGCUGCUAAAACUCGUCCAUUACGAAACGAAAACCAAAACUGAACACAGCAUACUGUUUCUUUAAGAAAAAUGCUGGUUUCUUACCCAUAUAGUAGCUUUUUCAUGUAAUCACAUUAACGUAGUGUGUGUAAUCACAGCGUAAAGACGAUAGAAUUCAAUCCAUUUCCUUUUCACACAUGAGCAUUGUAACCAGACUGGAAAGCUCAAAAAAAGAAAAAAAACUAAUAAAA